AUGCCAGGAACCAUCAUGGUUUCAGUACUGGAAUUCAUGGAUCUUCCAUUAUCUUCAACAACAUCCAUAAGGGCUUCCUUGGGGAAAAUAGAGUACCAAGUGAAUGAUAAGGAAAACUUAUCUUUCCCCUUAACUAGCAUCCGUGAUGAUUUGAUUUUCAAAAUUGAGGAUGCUGAGGGGAAUGAAAUAUCACGUACAGGUAUUCAAAUAAAGUUGAUACUAGAGAAAGGUGUUUUGGAAGACAACUUUCCACUUGGGGGUGGCCGUCUGCGUUUGAAGUUGCAAUUCAUCCUUAGUGAUGAAGAGCGCGACAGAAUUCGUUCAUUGAGACAAUCUGCAUUAAAGAAAAAACAUGAUGAGCUUCUUAGUAGUGGCCGAGGAGGAGCAGAAAGCGACAGUAGAGCUGUUCUUGGCAAUGCUGCAUUACCCUUCAGCAGAAAUGAUGAGGUCUCAGAAUCACCAAAGAAACACCUUCAACAAGAAGCCGUUUCUCAAUUGCAAGUUCUGGCUGGUUCCCGUGAUGAUAAAGAAACUGAUACUAGAAAUGUAGUUGGGACUCAGCUUGACCAGAAACAGCUGAAGCCAAACAAUGCAGAUCAAUAUAAGGAGUCCUCAUCCACAAAACCUGUGUCACAAGCUGUUACUCUCACUCAAUCGCAACACAAGGGUAAGAAGCCUGCUUAUCAGUCACCAUCUCCCAAUCAGUCUCCUUCUGGUAAACAUCCUCAGAGAGCUAUUGGUUCAGAAGAAAUUGCAAUUUUGUUUGGCUCAGAAAAAAAUGAUGCCCCGACAAGUAAUCUGAUACAACCUAAUCAAGAGGAAAGUCGUCUUCAAUAUUCUGAGAAGAGGUCUUCAUUGGGGAGAAUUCCAAGUAAUGUGAGGAAGAUGAUAAGUGCCUUUGAAGGUGGAUUGGCUCAGGAUAAGAGAUCUCAGAUUAAACCAUCUCCAACAAAACAACAAGAAAGUUCAAAUGAAAGAAGAGAUUCUUCCAAGACUUCUCAGCAUUUGGUGCGAUAUGAGUCAAAGAAGACAGAACCAGCAGAAUUCCAUGAAAGGGUGAAAAGUACAUCCCUGAAUGCAGCACAUGUUGGAACUGGAACCGAGGGGAGCAAGUAUGAAAAGAUACUAGAUAUUAAAGAAUCAAAGCCCAAGACCUCUGAUAACAGUGGAGAUGAAAAUUCUGGAGGACCAUUUAAUCAGGUAGUAAAAGUUGCAAUCAUUGUAGGAUUUGGAUUACUUGUUCUCCUAACCAGACAAAGAAGAAAGAGAAUGAAGAAGAAGAGUGCCUGA